GCCAUUAGCGUACAUGAAUGUUGAGAGUAUCUAAACUCUCCCCUCCCGUCCUGAGAGUUGAUCAACACUCCCUCCCUCCAGUAACUGAGUGAGAGAGUGAGAGAGAGAGAGAGAGAGGGGCGAACCUCGUCAUAUAAACAUGCAGGGAACCCCCAGCAGCAUGAGCUUUGCAAGAUUAAUGAGAGCACCGAGAGGACACGACACGCUCCAUUUCAUUGGCAACAUGUUUCUUACCUAAUCCUGCUUCCAAACUACAGUGCCGGAAGCUAAGCUGCAGGGAGCACUUUAUAAAUUUGUUUAAAACCCGUUAACCAUUUGGUAUUGGGGAAUAAACGAAGCCCAAGUCACUGAUUUUAAUUUCUUCUUUCUUGAACGACGGGAUAAUGAUGUCCAGCGUGCGCCGGCACAGCCUCCGCCUCCAGAGCGAGCUCCACCGCUGGAGCAUCUGCGACCCGGACAGCCUCCUCGCCCGCGUCCCCGCUUGCAUCUCCCGAUCCAAAUCGUGCGCAAGCUCCGCCGGAGAGUCCGACGGAGGCGGCAGCCGCGGUAGCUUGUCCUCGUCGUCCGACUCGGUCAUCUCCACUGAUUCGGUCAACCCGUACCGCGUGGUGCUCCUCGGGGCCGGCGGGGUCGGGAAGACCGCCUUCGCCUGCAUCUUCUCCGGGGCGGCGGACAGCAUGGACAGCGAUGACUGCGAGCUGUGUGGAGAUGAACUACGCGAGAAGGAACUUCACGUGGAUGGAGAGGCUGCAACAAUCACUCUGUUGGACACAUGGGAUGAAGACAAUGACGGUGAAUGGGCUCAGGAGUGCUGCAUGCAGUCAGGUGACGCCUUCCUGCUACUGUACUCCAUAACCGAUCGAUCAUCCUUUCUGCGGGCGUCCGAGCUGCGCAUCACGCUGCGCCGCCUUCGCCCAGCCCAACACACGCCCAUCAUCCUGGUGGGCAACAAGUGUGACCUGGUGCGACGCAGGCAGGUUUCUACCAACGAAGGCCGCGCCUGCGCCGCCAUCUUCGACUGCAAGUUCAUCGAGACCUCCGCCGCCAUGCAGCACAACGUGUGGGAGGCCUUCCAUGGCAUUGUGCGACAGCUGCGUCUGCGCAGGGACUCCAAGGGCAGCGGGCGCGCUGCUUGCCGCCCCCGUCGGGAGAGCCUCCCCAUCAAGGCCAAGCGUUUUCUCGACAAAAUAGUGGCCAGGAACAAUCCCAGCGUCGCAUUCUGGCUCAAGUCUAAAUCCUGCCACGACUUGUCUGUUCUGUAAGGAGAAUGAUUGACACGGAACGGCUGAGGAGUGGACUGCGUGGGCUUGUUGGGAAAAAUGAAUGCUACGAUGAGUGGCUUCAAGAACAGUUUGGUGGACAAGAUGACAACAUUUGCUGUUUACAGGCAAUCAAUGGACAAGGAGAACCACAUGUUUGUAUUUCACAUACGUCUCUUCCGAUUUGCUUUCAGUCUUGCCAGUCUGUUAAGUCACAAGUGUUGACGCUUUAUCUGUAAGUGUUCAAAUGUAUUUUUUAUAGAACCACAAGCUUCAGCGUACUCGGUGCAGAUUAAGCCAAAAGCAACUUCACCUCUUAAACACUCAACACAACUGAAUAAUUUUUUUUGUUAUAUGGGUCAAUAAUAUGAGAGCGAGAGAGAGAUUUGAUUAGUGUGAAAUGUUUUGGUGUGUGCGUGCGUGUGUGCGUGCACACGCCUAUGAGUGAAUGGGAGGAUGAGUGAGUGUUUUGGGAUAAGAGUGAGAGGUUUCUUGAUGGGUAAGAAAGUUUUUGUUUUUGCUUGUGAGUUUUUUUUGUUCAUCUUUUAUAUUUUUUUUCCCCAUUUUUUUCUGGUCUUGGUGUGUUAGAGUUUUUUUUGUUGUUGUUAUAUAUGGGAGAUAAUGAGUGAACGUUUUUUAUCAACAGUGUGAAAUGUUUCUUGUUGCCCGUGAGAGGUUUUCAUUUGUGUGUGUGUGUGUGUGUGUGUGUGUGGUGUUUUUUUUUUUUUUUUUUUUGGCGAGUGUGAGAAAUAUUUGGACAGUUUUUGUUGUUGUUGUGUUUGUCUUUUAUGAUUUGUUUCUUGAAGUUUUCUUUUUGGUGUGUGUGUGACAGUUUGUGAGCGUAUGUUGUGGUUGCUUUUUACGUCAGAGUUUCAUUUGUAAUCUGUGUGACAUGUGUUGGUUCAGUUUUCUUUUUCUGCAUAUCUGCAUAAAAGCGUUUUGAGUGAGUGAGAAGUAUUUUUUGUUGGAUUUGAGAGUUUUGUUGUCAUAUGGUUAGCGAGGGUGAGCGUUUUAGUUUUGGGAAAAGCAUUUUAUUGGUGUGAGUGGGCAGGUUGUGUUGUGUGUGAAAGGUUUUGUGUUUGUAUGAGAUGAGAUGUUUUAGUUCAUUAAUGUGAGUGUUUUUGUUAUGUGAGAGGUUUUGUUUUAUGUGAGAGAAAUUAUUGUUGCGAGGUGUUUUUCCCCAGUGUGUUUUUUUGGGGUGUGAGGGUUUUUGAUGAGAAUUACUUUUUGUGUGUGAGAGGUAAAUGUUAUCUUUGGCUUACACGCAUCUCAUUUCAGUGCAAAUUCCCUACAAUGUUGCCACUUGUAUGUACAGUAGCUUAUUGUGUUGGUUUUUUCAAUAAAGAUCAGAAGAAAGUC